UUCCUCUGAAACACACCUCAACCUCCUCUCCUCCUUCCCACGCUGCAGUCAUUCUCCACUACUACAAACCAAAGGCUCCUUGUCAAUGGAGUGACCUCAAUGCCGUCUUGACCAAUCUACAAUUCUCCACUCAAGCCAUGCACACGACCAAUCCAAAGGCUUCACAAUAUUUUUUAAAAUGACGGAGAUCAGAGUACCAACAAUCUGUCCUUCCUCGAACUUGCUUCUGCCGUUUAUGUAUAUAUAUACACAGGAUAUCCCUUCUCUGUUAUUGAAAUUUGCAGUAAGGAACGGCUUGUUUGUUGUUUCCUGCGACCUGCAUCAUGGUGAGAGCUCCUUGUUGCUCAAACAUGGGCUUGAAGAAGGGACCGUGGACGACGGAGGAAGACCGGCUGCUGAUUUCUUACGUAGAGAAGCAUGGCCAUGAGAACUGGAGAGCUCUGCCUAAACAAGCUGGAUUGUUGAGGUGCGGGAAGAGUUGCCGGCUUCGGUGGACUAAUUAUCUCCGACCGGGCAUUAAGAGAGGCAACUAUACCAUGGAGGAAGAAGAGACCAUAAUAAACUUGCAUGAGACUCUCGGCAAUAGGUGGUCAGAAAUAGCAUCUAAGCUACCCGGUCGAACCGACAACGAGAUCAAGAAUGUAUGGCACACUCACUUGAAGAAGCGAAUCAAACCGACCCAAACAGUGCAGGAUUCUCCGCGAAAGUGCCAAAUUGACACACCCAAAUUUGGCUCAAAGGCUAAGGCCAUCGACCGCAAAGCAACGAGGAAGCCAAAGUUGGAUUGCCCGAGCCACGGCCCUCCGUCCCCAAGUCAGUCCUUGAGUGAGACCUUGACCAACCCUUGCACCAAUUCCUCUAACAAGAUGUGUGAAACUAGCAAUGAAGAUAUCAAAGAAGCUAUCGUUACUCCGUAUGAGCUUUCCGAUAUCGAUGAUAAUAUGUGGUCAGAUGCAUUCUUCGCCGACUAUGACACCUCUUGGGAUGAUUCCUUGGCAUCAUUUUGUUCAUUCAGUGGCAAAGAAGAUGGAAUAGAUUUUUGGAUGCAGGUGUUCAUGGAGGCAGGGGACUUUGAGGAAUUGCCGGAAAUCUGAAAAACAUUAACCUAUAAUUCAGUCAGAUCUUUUGCGAUAGCAAGGUUAGGAAUCGAUUAUCUUAAGACGGCAUGAGUGAGAAAGGAAGAUUGCACGAGAUCAUGCUAGCUAACAUUUUGUAUGUAACCAUUUGAAACAAUAGUCAUUGGUCAUAUACAAGUUUAUACUAAAUGUUGUGUUUAAAGCACUUUUUUGAGCUUGUAACGAGUUACUUAUUAACUAGAGAGAAUUUUUCUUCA